UGGAGGUGUAGGGACCAUAAGGAGUGUGUGUGAGUCGUGGGCUGGAGCGCUUCUCCUGCUCAUUCCAUUGAACGGCGACUCUGGAGUGACGAGCUCCACCAUACCUCCACCCUCCGGUCUCCACUGGAGGUGUUGUUCCUCCCAGCCCCCAAGAGACCUCUAUUGCAAACUAAUAGAAGCUGACCAGCCAGCAGGCAGAGAGAAGGGAGAAGGUCACAGGGUGGGGCGGUCUCCCCAGAGCAUUGCUGCCAUCAGCCUCAUUCACAGAAGCAGAGUUGGGUGGACGACAGCCCAUUGGGCAGGAGUAACAGUGGACUCGGCAUGGGGGUCCUGGACCCAGAAAUCCAGACCCUGGCCUCUGCCCUGCUGAGGAGGGCCUUGGUGGUCCUCCUGUUGGCCAGCAGCCUCUUGGGGAAGGCCCAGGGUGAGAUCCUUGCCCGCUGUGAGCUGGCCGUGCAUCUUCAAGAAGGAGGCCUGGGAGGGUUUAAGGGCUACAGCCUCGCUGACUGGAUCUGCCUGGCCUACCAGGAGAGCAAGUUUGACACGAUGCUGAUCAGCACCAACUCGGACGGCAGCACAGACUAUGGCCUCUUCCAGAUCAACAGCCACAUCUGGUGUGCCGACCACCUCAGCCAUUCGCAGAACCGCUGCAAGGUCUCCUGCAUCGAGAUCCUGAAUAACAUUGUUGCCCACAUCCUCUGUGCCAAGAAGAUUGUGUCCGAGCACUCUGGGCUCAAAUACUGGUCUUCCUGGACAGAGCACUGUGAGGGCCGGGACCUCUCCCACUGGGUGGCCGGAUGUGACCUGUGACCUGUGAUGAGCAAAGACUGUGGCCUAGCUGGCUACGACUGGGGCCAGCCCCUUCCCUGCCUCUCCCCUCUGCUCUGCUGCUUCCCUGCCUCCCUCCCCCAACCCUACCAUCCUCUUGUUCCUUCUCCCCUACCCCUUGUAUCCUUCCCAGCCUCCUGCCCGGUCAGGCCAUCAGGGCCCAAUAAACCAGUCAUAUUCUC